AGAUGGCGAGAUACACCGUACAGAUUGAGGAGACGAAAAUAGUCAUUCCUAGCUUAAAUAACAAUCAACGAUACUUAAAAUGGAUACGAUUGAAGUCUUUAGGAACUAUAUGAACUAGGUGAAUACUCUAGCAUGCAUGUUAUAUGUGAAAACCCCCCGAAAAUACGUAAUACAGACAUCGUGAUUUGAACAUGUUACGCUAAUAUGGCGGCCAUCCCAUGAUUCCGAUGUUGUCGUCUGCUAUCCUCCAGAGUUAUCUUCUGUCUUCUCAUAAAAUCCCGAGAGCAAAGCAGAGUGUGACCGUCAUGAUGAUACUACAACCAUCGAAACAUCUGAUGAUGAUGAAGAUGCAGAUGCCAUGGUUAAACGAAAGCAAAAGAAAAAACAGUUCCAUGACUUUCUAACAGAUGGAGUUACAGAGAAGGAGCAGGCAGACAAUGAUAUAUCAGAAUGCAGAAAUGAGCCAGUAAGAACUGGUAUGGUUAAUCUCCCAGUUCCUCCAGUGAAAUUUACGAAGCAAAGACAACUCUGAGUCUUCCUCCAGGCUUCCACUUGCCAUGUCACAAAAGUCCAGUGGCACACCUCCAGUUACCCAAUCAAAGAAAUCCACUUCACAACCUCUUGUCACGCAAAUAACUUCAAUAUCAUCCAGGCCUCAACUUGCCAUGUUGGAACAGUCCAGUGGCAGACCUUCAGUCACCCAAUCAAAGAAAUCCACUUCACAACCUCUUGUCACACAAACAACUUCAGUAUCAUCAAGGCCUCAACUUGCCAUGUCGCAACAGUCCAGUGGCAGACCUCCAGUCACCCAAUCAAAGAAAUCCACUCCACAACCUCUUGUCACCAAACCUUCAAAGACAAAUAAUUCAAGGUCACAGCAAUCAAUUAGCCCUCAGAGGUCAUCCCGGUCCAGGAGUCGGAGGUCAUCCCAGUCCAGGAGUCGGAGGUCAUCCCAGUCCAGGAGUCCAAGGUCAUCACGGUCCAGGUCCAGGAGUCGGCAAUCAGCCCGGUGCUGGAGUGAGAGAUGGUCCAGUUCAAGGAGUCAAAGAUUGUCCCGGUCCAGGUUCAGCAGCCAACUGAGGACUCCGUCCAUUUUUGCUGCAAAUGAGACUCCGACAAGAAAAGAGGCCUUCCCAAUGACUGAAGCAAGGUUUCAAAGACGUGUGCUGUUCGUUUUGGCGGACAUGCGACAGCAAUUGUCGACGUUGAGUAGAGAUCAUUUAGCUCCUGCGCAAGGCGAUACUGGUGAGGUUUUACCAGAGAAGGUUGAAAAUCUUCAAGAGUUGGGUGAAAUUGAAGAAAUACUUAAGAAUCCAGAAAAUCGAAGACUUGUGAUCGAACGACUUUGUAGUGUCGGCGGCUUAAACUUAAAGGACAAUGUGAGGAAGAUUAUGGAUAGAUUUAUGACGAAUGAUGUAAUGGCUGGCUUCAACAUGAAGGGAAACAAGGGGAAAAUGUCAUUCCAGAAGACGGCAGUUUUUAAAGUUGUUCAAGCAAGUGUGAUAAAAACAUUCGGUACUGCUACUGAACAUGAGGUGGAUGGGGCCAUUGGAUCCUGUCUGAAGUACGCUCCGGACAGACGAGGAGGUGGCGGACGAAAAAAAUAAUUUUAACCAACUAUUCACACAAAUUACCUACAUCAUUAUCUUUACAAUGUUAAACUUUUCUAGGCUUCUAACAUCAAAAAGUGUACUUCUGUUUGCUUAU